AUGCCAGACGAGAGUCCAAGUAAAAGAAAAAUCGAUUCAGAGGAACUGUCCUCAGUUCAAUUGAAAAGAACAAAGUCGAUUGCUCAUGAUGAUUUACGACAAUCCAUUGUGAAGGAAAUUACAAAAAAAUUUGAGGACCGAAUUGUGAAGUUGGAAACAAGAAUCCUGAAAUUAGAGGAGGAGUUUUCAAAUGAAAAAGAGAAAGAACAACAACAACUACAACAACAACAAGAAAAAGAAACAGAGAAGAAAAACACAGUAAAUAUAGACACUAAACAGCAAGAAAGAAGGAUAUUAAACAAAGAACCACCACCACUCCCUAAAAGACAAGCAACUUUUGGAUCUAGUUCUUUCAGCUUUUCCCCAGGAAAGAUCACACCAUUAAACUCGUUCAAUGAUGCAACUACUGUUCCCAGCAGUCCUAAACCAGUAUUUGGCGCCACUACAUCGUUUGGAAACAUGAACACAUCAAGUGCUAGUUCAACACCGGAACCAGCAAAAUCAACUACAACAACAUCAGCCACGUUAGCAAAACCAACAACAUCUACACCAGCUACUUUUGGAUCCACAUUCGGCGCCAACACUCGAUUUUCCAACGCGUUUCAAGAUUCGAUUAAGAAAAAGUCAUUCCUUGACAAAGAAGAUGACAAACAAUCAUCUACUGAUAACAACAAUAAAGACAGCAAUAACAAUAACAAUCCAUCGAUACCACAAGAGUUCAAACAAGUUGAUUUGGCACCAGUGGAACAAACAACUGGUGAGGAAGAUGAAAUAUCACAUUUUAACUGUACAGCUAAGAUAUUUGAGUUGAAUUUAUCGAAAAUUAACGAGGGUUGGAAAGAGAGAGGUGUGGGUCCAUUGCAUCUAGAUCAAUCCAAAGCAGAUAAAAGACAAAUUAGACUAGUCAUGAGGUCACAAGGGUUGUUGAGAGUAGUGUUAAAUUAUAAAAUAACUGCAGACACUGAGAUCUUGAAAGGAUUGGAAGCAAGCUUAACUCCAGGUAAAUUUCUCCGUUUGAACUCGGUCAAUUCUGAAGGUACUCCAAUCCAAUACUUACUAAAAUUUGGUUCAGAGAGCUUGCGCAAUGAAUUAGUAGAUAAAAUUGAUGCUUUAAAGGAGCAAAUCAAAGAAUAG